AUGUCUUCUAACAAGAUUGUGUUGACUAGUUCCGAUGGCGAGUCUUUCCAAGUUGAGGAAGUGGUGGCACGAAAACUGCAGAUCGUAAAGCACCUGCUCGAAGACGACUGUGUUAUUAACGAAAUCCCUCUUCAAAACGUUACAGGAAAUAUUCUCUCCAUCGUUCUCGAGUAUUGCAAGAAACACGUCGACGAUGUGGUCGAUGAUGAUGCAUCUGAGGAGCCGAAGAAGAAGAAGCCCGAUGAUGAGGCGAAGCAGAAUCUCGAUGCUUGGGACGCAGAGUUCAUGAAAAAUAUUGAUAUGGAAACAAUCUUCAAGCUCAUUCUCGCUGCUAACUAUCUCAACGUCGAAGGUCUUCUUGGUCUCACUUGCCAGACUGUUGCAGAUUACAUCAAAGAUAAGACGCCAGAGGAAGUUCGAGAACUCUUUAAUAUCGAGAAUGAUUUCACACAUGAAGAAGAAGAAGAAGCGAUUCGCAAGGAGAACGCUUGGGCUUUUGAGGCUGACACAAAACACGAAGAUCCAAAGCCCUAG